AUGUUUGCGGCAUAUGUUUCCAAAAACCCGACUUUUACUGGGUCCGAAUUGGAUUACUAUAAAAUGGUAGCAGAAGCCGCCGAGUCAAUUGUCAUUGAAAAUGAGGAAUUAAAGCAAAAAAAUUAUGAACUUAUUUCCAAGUCAACAGUAAUUUUAAAUGAAAAUGAGGCAUAUGCUGAAGAGGUCAGCAAGUUGGAAUUGGAAAUAAAAGAACUUAAAAAAGAAAGUUUAGAGUUACGCAAUCAAAUUAAUAUAUUGGAAAAGAAAAUCAUUUUUGAAAAAGAACAUGUAGUAGACUCUUUGAAGGACACAAAUAUCGAACCAGUAAUUAAAAAUUCGAUAUUCCUAAUUAAUAAAAUGGUCAGCGAGAAGAUGAACCAAAUUGAGGAACAAGUUUGUACUAAGUUCGAAAAUUUGAAACUUGGUCGAUCAUCAACUGUUAAUAAGCCAAAAGUUCAAGAACAUUGUGUUGAAUGGUGGUGCCCAGUUCAUUCAACAUUUGAAGAAAUAGUUAAAACGAUUAAGCCUGAAACCGAAGAUGACAUUAAAAUAAUUCGACGUGCAAAAGCUAGAAAUGCAUACUGGAAGAAGGGUGGUCAGAUUCGAUGCUGUACAAAUGACAGAUUGAAAACUAACACCACAUUAUACGUGUUACCAUCAUGUUGGCCAAAAGAAAAUGCUGAACUCGUUGAACAGAAUGCUUAUAAAAGACAGUUAAGCGUAGAUUCAACAUCUUCAAUAAUGAAGCCGACGACCAAAAAGUUUACAAAUAGUGACCUUUUUGACGUUUCUGACUAA